AUGCGUUUUUCUGUUGAUGCAGAUGCAACAAGCCAAAAUGAAGAAUCUGGUAGAUCUGGUGUUCUGAACAAAAAUAAAGGAGUAACAGCAAGGAAAAAAUAUUCCUCCCUCGAUCCCAAAAUCUUGAAAGAGAAGGAAGGUACAGAAGUGGUCCACAAGCUGACUGAGGGUAUGCCUCUGCUGAAGUUCUAUCUUCGAUCACAAGAGGAGCAGCACAACAGCGAUGAAUUCAUUUUCAACCUCAUUUGCACUUUAGCUAAGGCAUGUAAAGCGCCACCAGGCAAAAAUACUAAUAAGGUAUUAGCUGCACUUAAAGGUUCUGUAUUCUUAUUCUCAAAGAUUCCCUGCUUGCUUGAUCGCGUUGCGGCGUCAACGGCCUUGAAUGACCAAGCUUCUAGACAAAGGCUCACUCAAUGUCUCAUCAUUAUCUUUAUGAAGUUCCUAACGCACUUGCCCAGUUCAUAUGCCGACCUACCUUACGCUCAGUUGAAAGCAACGUUAGAUCAUUUAGCAAUAGAAGAAAAAGAAAAGGUACAAAAGGAGUUGGAUGCUUUUAAGCACGCAAGAGAUGAAAUAAUCAGAGCUGAAAGACAGAAACGCGGACAACGGUAUAGAGUGGGAGAAAAACCCCCAAAUGAUUACAGAGACAUACCUAUUUGUCCCACGAUCAAAGAAAUCACAACUCAAGAAAGACCUUUCUUACGUAAGAACAUUUUAAGAGGACGGUACGAGAACACCGAGCACUAUCUUGAUGUGCAGUUUCGACUGCUUCGGGAAGACUUUCUUGAACCACUAAGGGAAGGCAUUCAAGAAAUCGUCCGAAACAUACCAAGACAAGAGCGAAAACAAUUGAUGAAAAACUAUCGCGGGGUACGGAUCAUUGGCAAGGAGUACACGUGGGCUGGGGUCAUUCAUCAACUGAAAAUCGAUGUUUCAGGAAUAGACACCAGCAGGUGGGCACAUUCCAAACGACUCAUGUAUGGUUCAUUCCUUUGUCUUUCGACCGACAACUUCAAAACGAUGUUAUUCGCGACAGUUUGUGACCGUGAUCCAGAGAAAGUGACGAGAGGACGAAUAGACGUUCAGUUUAUCGAAGAGCAACAGGUCUUGGGUGUAGAGAACAGCAAUUGCGUUUACCAAAUGGUCGAGUCACCUGCCUACUUUGAAGCCUACCGUUACGUCCUUAAAGGGUUGAAAGAAUUAGAUGAAUCAAACUUGCCGUUUAAAAAAUAUCUCGUUGAAUGCAGUGCUGAAGUUGACCCACCAGAGUAUUUAAGACGCAGUGAUACAGAAAAGCCGGUAUGCUAUAAUCUUAGUAAGGCUCCUGCGGUAUCAAAGGCCACAUCAGUGCCUGUUCUUCAACCUGCAGCCUGGCCCUCAGCCAAAAGGCUUUCCAUGAACAGUUCCCAGCUUGAAGCUUUGAGAACAGCAAUUACAACUGAGUUCUCUGUGAUACAGGGUCCUCCAGGAACUGGGAAGACUUAUGUUGGAGCUAAGAUUGUACGAUGUUUACUUGAAAAUCGACGCGCUCGGGAUCCUCGUCACAUCUCGCUGAUGCUGAUGGUCUGCUACACAAACCAUGCACUAGACCAGUUUUUAGAAAAGGUUCUGAAUUUUCUACCGAGUCAAAAAAUAAUACGGGUUGGAGGAAGAAGCAAAAGCGAGAAACUA